CAUCCACCCUCCAAUUAACAUUUGAUCAACCUUGUGACUUAUUGAAUAAAUAACACAAACAAGCUAAAAAAAAUGAGUUUCUUAGUCAAAAAUCUCCCACUCUUUUUCACAAUCUUCUUCUUGCUCUUCAACUCUUCCAUUGCUAUAUAUAACAUCAAAAACUAUGGAGCAAAAUCGAAUGGCAAAAUCGAUUCAUCGACAGCCUUUAUGAGUGCAUGGGAUGCAGCAUGUGCAUCAACUAGCCCAUCCACCAUUUACAUACCACAAGGAAGUUACUUGCUUAAAAAUGCAUAUUUUCAAGGCCAAAAAUGCAAGAGUAAGUCUAUUACCUUACGUAUCGAUGGCACUAUUCUAGCUCCAUCGGAUUAUAAUGUCAAUAGAAACGAAGAAAAUUGGAUCAAAUUUGAACGAGUUAAUGGAAUUUCCAUCUAUGGAGGAACCUUAGAUGGACAAGCUACUAGUCUUUGGGCUUGCAAAACGUCUAGCAACAAUUGUCCUCAAGGAACAAUGGGAGUUACAUUUUCGAACUCAAGCAACAUAAAUAUCAUUGGAUUAACAUCACAAAACAGCCAAAUGUUCCACAUUUUGGUAGAUAAUUGUGAAAAUGUGAAGCUACAGGGAGUAAAGAUCUCCGCGCCAGGAAACAGUCCAAACACUGAUGGUAUUCACGUCCAAUAUUCAUCUAGAGUUACAAUAAUGAACUCACGUAUUGGUACUGGAGAUGAUUGCAUCUCAAUUGGCCCUGGCACCUCUAAUUUAUGGAUUGAAAACAUAGAAUGUGGACCCGGUCAUGGAAUAAGCAUUGGGAGUUUAGGCUGGGAAUUACAAGAACCUGGAGUACAAAAUGUUACGGUUAAAACCGUAACGUUUAAAGGAACACAAAAUGGAUUGAGAGUAAAAACAUGGGCAAGAUCAAGCUAUGGAUUUGUCAAAAAUAUUCUUUUCCAACAUAUUGUUAUGAUGAAUGUUCAAAACCCUAUUAUUAUUGAUCAAAAUUAUUGCCCUAACAAUGAAAAUUGUCCUCACCAAGGCUCGGGUGUAAAGAUCAGUGACAUAAAGUAUCGAGACAUACGUGGAACAUCAGCGACGGAAGUUGCUGUGAAAUUUGAUUGUAGCAAAAAAUAUCCAUGUAGUGGGAUAUCACUUGAAGAUGUAAAUCUUAGCUAUAAAAAUCAACCAGCUGAAGCUUCUUGUGCUAAUGCUGGAGGAAGAGCUUUUGGUUUUCAAAAACCAAAUAGUUGCUUAUAGUUUAAUUAGAAAAUAUUGAUUAAACUAAUGGAUUAAUAUUUGGUUAUAAGCAAGGUAGACACCAUAUUAUAUAUUAAUACAAAAUGUAAGUUCACAA